AUGGGUCCUACAGUCGCGAUGAGGCCGAAGCUCAUGACGACCUUUGAGCCGAUCCCGGAGCAAUAUCCUAUCCGCGAGUACCGUGGUGUUGAGCAACAAAGACCAAACAAGAUUAGCAAGCCCGCGCUUCGAACCAUGACCACGCAAUCGUCGCCAGUCCGUUCUGUUCCUGCAACAACGUCGGCAUAUCCAAUGUAUCCUGGACUGCAGAUCAGCACUGCUACACCGCCGCGAAAGACCGAGUCGAAACCUAUGGUUCUUAACCGACCCCGAAAGCUUGCUGGUACUUCUGCCUCUGGGGCUCAGUACGGACCAAUUCGAGACCGAAAGAUGAGCCUCUCGUCCAACUGGAGCGGAGCGGAUCGAAAUGAACAACUCGAUGCCCAAGCCUGGGCCCAGCAGAUCCUCAGACGGCCGUCUGCUGCCGGUUCGAUAGUGUCGAAUCGCCCGGCAUCUCGCGGUCUCCAGCCCAACGAGUUAUUUGCAACGCUACCAGACGAGAUCCUCGACACGAUUCUCGAGAACUUGAAGGAUUUGCAUCUUGCACCUAACAGUGACAGCUGUGCCACCUGCUGGAUGAGAGAUCUCUGUAGUCUAGCAGUCACAUCGCGCCGCUGGUGUAAAGUAGCCCGAUUCUCCAUGUACCGGGACAUACAGCUUGUUGGCCCAGACUCUGCCUCACACAAGAAGCGAUUCAAGAUGGCCCAAGGCUGCCGAAUGACACUCCUUCGACGCACUCUUCGCGAGAACCAGCGCCUAGCCGCCCUGGUGCGCACACUCAAAGUCCCUAUUCUCGAUACCGGUCUUGCAUCAGCCAUAUUCGCUCGAGGAGACGGCUCUCCCAUCGAACAGUACGACAACAAGGUGGCGGCGCUUGUCAUGGCAUGCCCCAACUUGGAGCGCCUUGCUGGCCCAAUAACCAGCUACGACCACUCAUUCCACCGCAUCUUCCAUGCCUUGUCUACACGGACAAAGCUUAAGUCCAUGGACUGGCGAAUAGAAGCCAUCGCCGGCCCAGAAGGCUGCAGACCCGACUCGUCAUGCAGCGCUGCAGCCCUGCCGGCAGAGCUCACCAGCGCCCAGGCGACAGUCUUCCUCGACCACCACCGCGGCUGGACAAAUCUACAAACAUUAUCCAUCCACUGUCUCCCUGGUGCUUCACUUGCACAGGGCCACCUCCUUGAGCGCACCCUCACCUGCCUCCCCUCGCUCAAACACCUCCAUCUAAGCUGCCUCCCCGCCAACACAUUCAACGAUAGUAAUCUCCUUUCUCUCCCCAAGCUUGAAACCCUUACUCUCUCGCACAUUGCCGGUAUUACCUCUGCUGGCCUCUCUUCUUUUGCUACCAAGCCUAAUAGUCAGCACUUGCGCGUCCUGCAUCUCCGCCACAGCCCGCUGACGGCUCUUCCCGCAUUGGCUCGCCUUUUCUCCCACCUUCACAAGCUCACCAACUUCUCUUUGGUCCAAGACUUUUCGCCAAUGAUGCCCGAAGAGGACUGCUUCAGCCUCUGGAUGAUGCCCUAUCUCGCCUCACCCAGCCUGGUCAAACUGCACUGGGACAUUACCUGCCACAUGCCCGGCAGUGUCAACGACGCCGAUGAUAUUCUGUCUCGCAGUAUUGCGGCCGGCGGUUUCCCCAAUAUUCGAAGCAUCCGCACACCAAACGAUGCCCGUGGUGCCUUCCAAGCACUCUGCAGACCUUUAGAGUACAUCGCCUCCGCUUCAGACCGCGUACUUCACACCGGCUCAAGCGCUGUCAGCCUGCGCUCAGCAUCGAGCUUGUCUUCAAAGUCUCCCAUAAAGAGCCUGUCACGCUCUGCCACAGUAGUUUCGCUCCCUACGACCUUUGCAACUCCUCCUCCACACGGCACAGACCUGCGUUCGGCACGAAUUGCCGCCCAGUCGCGCAUCAAUGCUGAGCGCCAGUUCAAACACCGCUUCCAAGUCAACGUAUUUGACGAGAAUGGCUCAGCAGUGGAAAACUUCACUAUGGGAGGCUACCUGGGUACCUUGGGCAGCCAAAUCGAGUACUGCUUGCAGCCGGAUCCAGGAUCCAGCGAUGACAAGGGUGGCUUGGUUGAUGUGCCUGACCUAGCUGCCGAUGGUGGCGAGUUCAUUGCUCCGGAAAAGGAGGGAUGCACUGGUAGCUGGAAUUGGCGCGAGGGCGUCAUUGCCGAUAGAAAGGAAAAGGAAAAAUGGUGGCAUACGGAACGCGGAAGAUGGCAAGAUCUUCGACUAGAAUAA